AUAGAUUAGUGUAGAUCAGUCUUAAUGUGUUGCCAUAAAAUUAUUCUUUAAUAAGUAAAUCUUAAAAAAAUUGACAUUUCUUAAUUUUUUUGAUAUUUGGAAAAUGUUUUCCGAUAUUUGGAAAGUCUUUGUUUUUGUAGUUACAACAACAUGUAUUACAGCGGAACUACCUUCCUACUUUCAUGUCUGUGGCCGCAAGGAUCCCAACUACGAUCAAUGCAUUGCAGAAAACAUAGAAAAUGUGAAAGAUAAGCUUUGCACAGGAUUUUCAGAGUUUAACAUUCCACCAAAUGAACCACUGAUAUUUGAUAAAAUAGUUAUUUUUGACACAAAUGAUGUUAAACUUUAUGUCAAAGAUCUAAAUUUAUAUGGAUUUUGUGAUCUUGUUGUAAAUUCCGUUCAAACAAACCCUGAAAGACUCCACUUCGAUGUUGACAUCUUACUUCCGCAGCUGUACUUCAACGCUACGUAUGAUUUUGAUAUACGUUUGCUGACGCGUAUUGCGAAUAAGGGUUCAGUUGAGACUGUUAUAGAAAACGUAAGACUGAAGGCAGGCAUGGAUUUAAAAACGAUAACUAAAAAUGGCAAGAAACAUAUAUUUGCUUCGAAAGUAAACAACGUUUUCGAGAUAAAAUCAUUUAAAUAUAAGUUCCUUGACGACAGCAAAGAAUUAGCUCAAUUGCAUUCAAUUUUGAACGAUGUCAUAUACAAUAAUCAAGAAGAAAUUAUUUAUGCUAUUAAAUCAGCAAUGGAAGAGAGAACUUCUAGAAUAACAAUAUCAAUUUUUAACAAUAUAGCCCGUUCCAAUUAUGAGCAAAUAUUUCCAGAAGAAACAUGA